UGGAGUAGUAAUCGACUUCAAAGAAGAGGUUUGGUUCUUCAGUGAUGAUGCGAUGGUAAAGUAUAAUCUGUGUUUCGAACCUAAGUCGCGCAAAGUUUCCUGCGCCGCUACAGACAUCCUUAGAGAUGACGAAGGUACUCACCUUACGCCAGCUGAGCGGCAAGCGCUCGCUGACGUACUGGACAGGCACGCAUACAUCUUCAGAGCAGGGGGAGGUCCAACUCCGUUUGCAGAGCAUCGCAACGAAACAGGUGAGCAUACACCAAUAUCAGUACUCCCAUACUGUUUAAAUCCUUCGAAGAAACCGCCUGAUAUUAUAUUAGGGAAAUACCAUACCCAAGACCUUACCUGUUAUCACGGUAACAAAGACUCCUUACCCAAACCUGUGAUUCCUAAGAGGAAACGUGGACGCCCAGCUAAGGCUGUUGAUGUCCUAGUCCAGGAGCGAGGGCGUUCUCCAGGACUAGAGGGGGAGUAUAUAGCAACCCUAACGCCUGCCGCGUCGGCAGCCGCGUCUGAUCGCGCGCCGCGACCAAUGAGGGACUCUCGUUGUCGGCUCCCGGCGCGAUACAAAGAGUAGCGACCGAGGGGGCUUUCCUUUUGGCAAGCCGCGCGUGCGCCUUUACUGGCGCCGACAGUUCACCCGCAACCACCGAAGCAUACACACGAGAAUACGUCCGCACCUCGCUCGCUACCAUUCCUUUUCGAACUUGUUUGUGGGACCCUCUGGAGUAUUCAUACCCAGUGCUCCAGCUGGACAAC